CUCGACUGGCAUUGCAUUAUCUCAAAUCGAACCGCUCGAAGCAAAAAUAUAGCUACCGUACUUUUUAUUUCCAAACUAAACUACUAGUAAACUAAUCCAGUCAAGAUGCCCAUGAAGGAAUUUACACUACCCCAAGGAGAGGGCAAGAAGGUGUGUGUGGGAGGAGGUGCCGGUUUUAUUGGUUCUCACAUUGCCAAGCGCCUCAAGGCAGCAGGUUGGUACGUGGUUGUCGUGGAUUGGAAGAAGAACGAGUUCAUGGAGAAUGAUGAGUUCUGCGAUGAAUUUAUCCUUGAUGAUCUCCGCAAGUUGGAGGUGGCCUGCAAGGCAUGCGAAGGAUGUCACCAAGUGUACAAUCUUGCCGCUGACAUGGGAGGUAUGGGAUUUAUCGUUUCCAACGAAUCGGUCCUUAGUUUCAACAAUACUGCCAUCUCCAUGAACAUGUUGGAAGGAGCUCGUCGUAACAAGGUCAAGGAUUUCUUCUACGCGUCCAGUGCAUGUGUGUACAAUGAAGCCAAGCAAGAAGAUCCCGAAAAUCCUGGUCUCAUCGAAGCUGAUGCCUGGCCAGCCCGCCCUCAAGACAUGUAUGGACUCGAGAAGCUCUAUGCCGAGGAAAUGGCACUCGCGUAUGGACGUGAUUUCCCCAUGAACAUUAGAAUUGCUCGUUUCCACAAUAUCUAUGGACCUCGUGGAACCUGGAAGGGAGGUCGAGAAAAGGCCCCUGCUGCCUUUUGCCGAAAGGCCAUCACCUCCACCGAACAUUUUGAAAUCUGGGGUGACGGCAAGCAGACCCGAUCUUUCACGUUCAUUGAGGACUGUGUGGAAGGUGUCCUUCGUCUCAUGUUUUCCGACUGCAAGGUCCCCAUCAACUUGGGAAGUACCGAGAUGGUCGACAUGAUUGAGUUUGGACAAAUUGCUCUCUCGUUUGAAGACAAAAAGUUGCCCAUCAAGCACAUUGAGGGACCCAUGGGAGUCAGAGGACGCAACUCGAACAACAAACUCAUCAUGGAAAAGUUGGGCUGGGAACCCACCAUCAAGAUCAAGGAUGGACUCAAAAAGACCUAUGACUGGAUCAAGGGAGAGAUUGAAAAGGAAAAGGCGGCUGGAACUGAUGUCGGAGCUUUCUCCAAGUCAGAAAUUGUCCAGCAGGUGGAUGACUCACUGAUGCAGCUUGGAAAUGAAAAGAGUACCGCCAUUGAUGAGACCAAGUAAAAUUGUUGUGCCAACAAACAAUUGGGGGUCCUUUCUGUAGUGUCUUUUCCUUUUUUGGCUCCUGUUUCUUUCGAGUGAAUAUAAAUAAUCCUCCUUCAGUUGGAUACCGACGCUGAGUCGCGGCCUGCUGCGUUCUGCCUUCAUUACAAAAAUACAGAAACUCUAUAAAAAUAAAAUGAAAUUAUUGGUGG